CAGUCUUGGUUCGAAACUUUUCCCUGACAGCAACACUUACAAGCUUUUUUUGAAUGUAUGUCACUGCGAGGAAUUACCCGCUCCAAUGGAGGACUUGGAUGAGGAUCAAGUUGCUGAAAUUCUCGAUUCUAGUGACGCUUCAAAAUACAAAGUUCCGCUUUGCAUUGGAGAGUUAGAAUGCGUACGUGACAACAAAGAUGAGAAUUCGGCAAAGAUCGACGUGGUGGUAAACUCAGGCUUCUUCAAGAAACGUUUGGAAAAGAGUGAAUUUUUUAGGCAGCUAUUAUUGCUCCUUGCUUCGGAAGCUAUUAAGAAGAAGCACGGCAUUAUCAUCGAGUGCAAGGAUGCAAUACGUUUGAAAAACAGGAAAGUUAUGGGAGAAAUUUCUAGUCAUCGGAUUAGGAAGAGACCAGAGCAAUCCGUUAUAGAGGAGUUGGGACAGAAAUCUGCAAAUUUUCAACAGCAUACCUUUAUAAACGGUGGGUUGAAUUCAGAAUUUUUUCAGGUACCAGAAAUCGAUGAUUAUCCCGACUUAAAGGACUGUUUGAUGGUUCUACGUAACGGGCGAGAGCUUGAAAUCAAGUGUAGAAUACCGGAGCUAUCGGAUAGCAGCGAUUACGCAAAAAGGUAUUUUGACAAAGCUUUAUUUAUAUUUUAAUU